AUGAGCUUCUUCUUGUUUUUUGCUUUUUUUCUCAAAAUUGUGCACGGUAAGCAUAAAGAUGCUGAAAUUUAUUUUGACUCUAAUUCUGCUAAUAAUAAUCAUAGUAUUAAAACACUUAAUGAAAUUUUGGAGUCGAUUAAUCAAAGUGAGUUAGAGCCUAAAGAGCCUGAGAAGCCUUCUAAAGCCAAUUUUUUUUCAGAAGUUAGCACACCUACAAAUAUUGUAUUUGAUAAUGCAUAUGGAGAUACAGCAUUUAUGGUAACUAUUUAAAGAAUUUUUUGGACUCUCCUCAUCUCUGAAAAUAAUUCCAGCACAGCACUGAAAAACAUUUUUCCUAUGAUAAAAUGCGCAGCAAAACAUUGCGCAUUAUUGUGCCAGGAAUUGAACCGCCCUACGUGAAUUACGUGAAUUUUUCGGAUGCUGCAGUUGUUGAGAAGGGAUAUGGUCCAGGAGUUGUGAUGGAGAUUCUGAAGGAGAUCGGAAGACGGCUGAAUUUGACAUAUGAAGUGAUUGAUAACCCGGAAACUACUUGGGGUGAAUUAAUGAAUGGCUCAUGGACUGGAGCUUUUGGGAGGCUCAUCAGAGGAGACGCUGAUUUGCUAGCUGGUGGUGCGAUUAUGGAAUAUGAUCGAAGUUUAGUUUCGGAUCUCACUUAUCCAUUUCAAUUUGAACCAACUGGAAUAAUGAUUAGAUCUCCGGAAAAAUAUGAAGAUGACACACUUCUAAUUGUCACUGAACCGUUUUCCUGGCAAGUUUGGGUGAUAACAGCGAUUAGUAUUGGUGUAUCGGGUGUCAUUUUCUUGGUGAUGACAAAUGUUUUGAGUCAAGUAUACAGGGAGAUGUCGGUGACACUUUUCGAAUCGACUUGGGUGUUUUUCUCGAUUUUUGUUCAGCAAGGACUUCCGGAACAACCGAGAAGUUGGAGUUGUCGAGUUUUGAUUGCGUUGUGGUGGUUGGCAAGUAUUACAUUGUCUGCGACGUUUACUGGAAGUCUUGUCGCUCUUUUUGCGGUGGAUAAAACUAAUUUACCGUUUCAAAGUGAGUUUUUUCUAAUUACUCAACUUCCCGUGAAUAUUUUCUAAUUAUCAAAGAAGCUUGAUGUGCUCCUUAAGCUUUUAAUGUUAAAAAUAACAUUUUCAGACAUAGAACAACUUGUCAAAGCAGUGAAACAAGGAAGAUUUGAAAUUGUGAUGGAUGAGAAUUCUUUCACCAGAACUGAAAUGAUUGCAGUAUGUUUUUAGAAAAAAUUUCCCCCCAAAAAAAUCAAUAAUUUAUCCAGCGCUCAAAACUUCCAGUCUACAAAGAUCUAUGGCACGAGAUGAACGUGAAUCACCGUGUAAAAUAUGUGAACGGAAUUGCAAAAGGUGUCGCAUUUGUUCGAACAAAUCCUGGAUACGCAUUACUUGGCCCCAUGGAAACUCUGAAUUUCUACGCGUAUUCAGAUUGUAAAGUGAUUCUUUUGAGCGAUGGAAUAUUGCCAGUUUAUUUGAGUAUUCCUUUGGCAAAGGAUUCGUUGUACACGGCGUAUUUUUCGACGAAAAUUCGAGAAAUGGUUGAGAGAGGAUUUACGCAGAAAUGGAUUUCGGAUUAUAAAUCGUAUGUUGCGACACAGAAAAUUAAUGAGUGUAAUUCGACUACAACUGGACCCAAGAGUUAGUCAAGACUUCAGGGGGCUUUAAAAGGCUUCUAGGCUUUGAAUAAUUUAAAUUUUUUCAGGUUACCUUGAUUUGAAGCGAGCUCAAGGUGCAUUUUGGGUGCUUAUCGGUGGAAUCGGAAUAGGAAGUCUUAUUUUUAUUAUCGAAUUCAUUGUGCUAUUUGCCCGAAGGAAUAUGAAAGCUGAAAUUAAAACUGCUCAAGUUGCGAUAACUCAACAAGAACAAGUUGCUGUUCCAUCUCAAAAUCUGUCCGGAAAUGUAUCAGAAAAUCAAAAACCAGAAACGCUGCUUCGUCGUCGGAAUGUUUUGAAUCUCACAUUGAAUAUCUCUGAAUCGUAG